GCCUCGCGGGUUAGUCCCCCGCCCCGGCCCCCGAGUUCCGCGCGGGCCGGGCUGGGGCGGGGCGUCAGGCCAGCUGAGCUAUCCGGUCAGACCGCGCCAGUUUGAAUGAAAGCUCCUCAAGAUGGCGGCGGCCGGGGCCGAGGCGCGAGGAGCUUGGUGUGUGCCUUGCCUAGUUUCACUUGAUACUCUUCAGGAAUUAUGUAGAAAAGAAAAGCUCACAUGUAAAUCGAUUGGAAUCACCAAAAGGAAUCUAAACAAUUAUGAGGUGGAAUACUUGUGUGACUACAAGGUAGAAAAGGAUAUGGAAUAUUAUCUUGUAAAAUGGAAAGGAUGGCCAGAUUCUACAAAUACUUGGGAACCUUUGCAAAAUCUCAAGUGCCCAUUACUGCUUCAGCAGUUCUCUAAUGACAAGCAUAAUUAUUUAUCUCAGGUAAAGAAAGGCAAAGCAAUAACUCUAAAAGAAAAUCACAGAGCUUUGAAACCUGCCAUUGCUGAAUACAUUGUAAAGAAGGCUAAACAAAGGAUAGCUCUGCAGAGAUGGCAGGAUGAACUCAACAGAAGGAAGAAUCACAAAGGAAUGAUUUUUGUUGAAAAUACUGUGGACUUAGAGGGCCCCCCUUCAGACUUCUACUACAUUAAUGAAUACAAACCAGCUCCUGGAAUCAGCUUAGUCAACGAAGCCACCUUUGGUUGUUCGUGCACAGAUUGCUUCUUUGAGAAAUGUUGUCCUGCUGAAGCUGGAGUUCUUUUGGCUUAUAAUAAAAAUCAGCAAAUUAAAAUCCCACCUGGCACCCCCAUUUACGAAUGCAACUCAAGGUGUCAGUGUGGACCCGAUUGUCCCAACAGGAUUGUCCAAAAAGGCACGCAGUAUUCACUUUGCAUCUUUCGGACCAGCAAUGGCUGUGGCUGGGGCGUAAAGACCCUCGUGAAGAUUAGGAGAAGGAGCUUUGUCAUGGAGUAUGUCGGAGAGGUUAUCACAAGUGAAGAAGCUGAAAGACGGGGGCAGUUAUAUGACAACAAAGGAAUCACAUAUCUCUUUGAUCUGGACUAUGAAUCUGAUGAAUUCACAGUGGAUGCAGCUCGAUAUGGAAAUGUGUCUCAUUUUGUGAAUCACAGUUGUGACCCGAAUCUUCAGGUGUUCAACGUUUUCAUUGAUAACCUCGACACCCGUCUUCCCCGAAUAGCAUUAUUUUCCACGAGAACUAUAAAUGCUGGAGAAGAGCUCACUUUUGAUUAUCAAAUGAAAGGUUCUGGAGAUAUAUCUUCAGAUUCUGUUGACCACAGCCCAGCCAAAAAGAGGGCCAGAACUGUGUGCAAAUGUGGAGCUGUGACUUGCAGAGGUUACCUCAACUGAAUUUUCAGGAAAUAGAACUGAUGAUGAUUAUAGUUUUUUUCCUAAUGUUACCAUUUUUAAAAAAUAAGUAUUUGGGACUCUUUUCAUAUUAUCAAGAUUAUACACUAUGUUAAUUUACAAUUCGUGUUUCAGACUAUUGGCCAAAUGCAUUACUGAUGCUUCUGAAGAGAGGAACACAGGGUCACAUAGACUAAUUUGAAAUAUACAUAUUCAGACUGUUUACAGAUCUGUGUAGAAAGAAGUCUGUGUGAAUAGAGAACUGCCUCCUUCAGUGUUUAAGUGUUAAACUAAUGAUGUAAUAGUCACUAAGAUCAAAUAUUCGACUUGCCAUACACCUUGAAUUUAGAGAAAUAGAGUUAAUUCUUAUUGGACAAAUACACAAGUUCUAUUUUUGUUAUUGUCAUUCCUGUUUACCUACUUACUACUCAUUGUACUUGUAUUUGAGACAAAUAGGUGAUACUGAAUUAUACUCUAUUUUCUACUUUCAUUAAAACAUUGAGGUCUUAAUGAUAUAGAAAUUUAAGGUCUAAAAUUAAAUGUAAAAAAGUUUAAUUACAGCUUGAUUUAAUAUUUUGAAGCAAUCUAGACCACUAGGAGCGGUGGAUGUCUGAACCAGUAAUUCUAAAAUAUUUUUUAAUCCUGUAGAAGAAAAAUACCCAAAAUGUUCUCCCUAAAAUUCUAGAAUGGCUAGCUGUUAUGCUUCUUUGAAAGGAUGGGGCGGUUGGGACCAGGGGGGUUUUUUGGAGUGCCAGGCAGGGGGGAUGCAGCACUUGAUAACAUGAAGUAGGCGGUCCAUGCUGAGUAGCUCUGGCCUCCACAGUAAAACGAGAUGCCCCCUGAGAGCGGCUGUAUGUAACGAUAAUGUUCCUCACUAUAAUUAACAUUACAUUUUCUGAAUUUUCAGGUAAUUUUAA